AUGGAACUUGGAAGGAGGAAUACCAAGAAAUACACUUUCAAAUGUCCUGACUUAACAGAGUUGAAGAAGCUUGGUUCUAUGAUAGUUAGUCUAAAGGAUUUCAGAGCUCAGUAUGGAAGACUUAUGGGUGUCUUGAAGACCAAGGUUGAAGAUGGAGUUCUCAACAUACUUGUACAGUUUUAUGACCCACUCUACCAUUGCUUCACAUUUCCAGACUACCAGCUUAUGCCUACUCUAGAAGAAUACUCUUAUUGGUUUAGUUUGCCAGUCUCUGAGAAAUUACCACUCAGUGGUUCAGAGAAGACCCCUACAUCAGCAGCUAUUGCAGAAGCACUUCACCUAGAAACGUCUGUUGUGAAGGUUAACUUCUCUAAAAAAGGAGGGAUUCUAGGUCUAACCUCUAGAUUCCUGUUGGAGAAAGCCUUUAUCUUUGCAGAAGCAGAUAAUAGAGAUGCCUUUGAAUCCAUUUUUGCUCUACUCAUUUAUGGAAUUGUACUCUUCCCAAACAUUGAUGACUUUAUGGAUGUUAAUGUUGUACGAAUCUUCUUAAUUGGUAACCCAGUACCCAUAUUACUUGGAGAUACCUACCAUUCUGUCCAUCACAGGACUAAGAAAGGUGGUGGAACCAUUCUUUAUUGUUCACCUCUCCUAUAUAAGUGGUUUAUUUCUCACUUACCCAGAUCCAGGCUCUUCAGGGAGAAUCCACAGAAGCUCAGAUGGUCUCAGAGGUUCAUGUCCAUUGAUCAGGGGAGUAUACAUUGGUAUGACCCCUCCUAUGAUGUUGGAGUAAUUAUUGACAAUUAUGGUGAAUUUACUAAUGUACCUCUCCUUGGUGUACAUGGGGGAAUUAACUACAACCCCAUCCUUGCCAAACGCCAAUUAGGAUAUCCUAUGACGGAUAAACCAGAUAACCUUCUGUUGUCAUGUUUCUUUUACCUUAAUGAAGAAGAGAGUUCCGGUCUGAAGGAUAGAAUCAUACAUGUUUGGCGCAACAUUCACAGGAAAGGAAAAGACCGAUUAGGAAGAAAGAAUUGUGUUACUUUUGAGCCCUACACCCAAUGGGUUUGUGCUAGAGCCAGUGAAUUUAAGAUGCCCUAUGCUCUUGAGAAACCUUCAUUCCCUUUUGCUAUAACAUCAUCAUCCACCAUUCCUAUUGAGAAUAGGGAAGAAUUUCAAGAAGUUAUGGAUAGGUUGAAAUUGGAAAGAGACACUUGGGAAGCUCAAGUAGUGACUGAUGUGAUGUUUGUACCUCCUCCUGUGGUGCAUACAACUCCUUAUAAUGAAGAAAACAUUUUUCGCGCUGCUCCAAGCGAAGUUGUGGGAGUAGAUGAAAGGUUAGAUGGAUUUCAAGAUCAAUUCUUAGAAAUGAAAAGGGAAAUCAACGCUCUUCGAGGUAAGGAUCUUUUUGGCAAGACCGCUUCCGAACUCUGCUUGGUUUCUAAUGUACAAAUUCCGCCUAAAUUCAACGUACCAGACUUCAAGAAAUACAAAGGAAAUUCAUGUCCUCAAAGUCAUUUGGUGAUGUAUGCUAGGAAGAUGUCCACUCAGGCUGACAAUCAUUAG